CUUUUCAUCCUCUUUUAUCUUGCAUGACCUGUUAAAGAUUUGUCAGUGUGUAGCUCACUUUUAUUAUGGUGUAAUUCAAUCAUAUGUACAUAAAAACGUCUUGAACCAGUUGCUCAAAAAAUUAGGUACAAUUUAACAUAGUUCUGGAAUGUCAAGACCUUUAUGCAUUUAAUUUGUCUGUUUGCUUUUUUAUGUUUAUAUUUCUAUUUUUUUCUUAAUAGAUAUCUAACUUUCGCGUGCACACGUACAACUAACAAUGUAUGCACAAUCUGUUCUCAUUACCGGUUGUAACAGGGGGAUUGGGCUUGAGCUUGUGAAACAGCUGGCGAACAAAACAGAAGCUUUAUUUGCAGGUUGUAGGAAACCAGAUGCAGCUAAGGAGUUGUUAGAAAUUGCUGAAUGUCACAAAAAUAUUAGUGUAUUAGAGCUGGAUGUUACCAAUGAACAUUCUAUUCAAACAGCGGUGAAAAAAGUAUCAAGCACAGUUGGUAAAAAUGGUUUGAAUUGUUUGAUAAACAAUGCUGGUGUAACAAAUAAAGGUGAAAGUCAAAUACAUACAAUAACUUCAAAAGGGUUGCGUGAUCUGUAUGAGGUGAAUGCUGUAGCACCUGCAAUGAUGGUUAAGGCAUUCCUUCCACUGCUUAAACAAGCUUCAUCUACAUGUGGUGGUGAUGUAAUGAGUGUAUCGAGGGCAGCUGUAUUGAACGUGUCUAGCGAGUUAAGUUCAAUCGAAAAAAAUAUCAAAGCUGGUGUGUAUGGCUACCGCAUGUCAAAGAUAGCUUUGAACAUGUUAACUAUGAACUUAAGCAUCGAGUUAAAGCAACAUCGUAUCCUGGCUGUCAGUUUGCAUCCAGGAUGGGUUAAAACAGAUAUGGGAGGGAAGCGUGCUCGUGUUAAAGUGUUUGACUCUGUGGAGAAAUUAAUAAAUGUAACAGUGAACUUUACUGAGACGAGUAAUGGACUUCUUUACUCCUGGGAAGGAGAAAUUUUGCCAUGGUAGUAAGUAGUAGGAAUGACUGCAUAGUGUUUUAUUUCGAUGAAAAGUGUUGCAUAUUAAAUCUAAAUUUUUCAUAACACGAAAAUGUAUUGAUUGAUCUAAAUUUUUCUUAACACGAAAAUGUAUUGAUUGAUCUAAAUUUUUGUUAACAUGAAAAUGUAUUGAUUGAUCUAAAUUUUUGUUAUGAUUGGUGUGUUUGUUAUAAAAAAAAUAACAAGCACAGUGCUUAUUGGAGAAUUUUUUCAUAUUUAUGGACUGGCAACGUAGAAAUAUUUUAAGAAUUUCAGAUUUUGAGAAUAUAUACAUUUUAAUAAUAGAUUACCUAUUUUUAUUAUGUAAUUUAAUACCUCCUAUGAUAUUUGUUGUGGUUCAGACUUAACUUUACCUUGUGGUAAACAUGUAAAGUAAAUUCUUCGAUACUUCAUUUUUGUUCAAGUGUUUAUUAUGAAUAUAAAGUUUUUUAUUUAGUCUCAACGGUGACCAAUAAUAUUUGCGACUUACAAACAAAGGACAUCAAAGUAUUUUUUACAAGAAAAGAGAAGUUAUUUUGUGUAAAAAUUAAGCGAGCUGAUCAAAUAAAUAAUCUAGCAUGGGAAAAAUAAAUCUUAUUUUGAUGCAAAAAAAAAUGUCUUAAGGCAAAGGGAUAGUAUUUAAAGCACAAAUUGAGUUCUUAACUGAAGUCCUUGAUUUACCUUCGCUGAAGUAAUUUUUUUUUUAUUUUCAACUUCUUCAUCUGUUAAAAUACUUAUAAAUGAUACUGUUGUCAAGAACGAAGUUAUUCCUACAUACUCAAUUUCCUCAUCAAUAAAUAUUUUAUGUUAUCAUGUUUUAACCUCUCUGUAACUUUGAUAUCAUUGUUAGUUAAAUGACCAUUACUUGGCAAUGUACCAAUGUUACGUUAAGUGAAUCAGCAUUCACCAUUAUUGUUUUUUACUACUACAUUUUGGGGUACAUUUAACCUGUGCAAUUUUUAUAAUUAUUCAUAUAUAAAAUUAUAUUUUAGUAUAAAUAUGACAAUAUCUUUUUUCUGUUUUAUUUA